AUGGCAGAGCUAAGCCUUCGACGGCUUUGCAUUUUCGCUCUGGGUUUGUUCAGUCUCGUGGCCGCUCAACCAAAGGUUGUCACCUUUGCGCUUUCACGAAGCGAACGACACGUACUGGAAAAAAGAAAGUACGCAGGUGCAUUGCUGGGAAAUGAUAUAUUAGACGGAAAAGCGCUCUACUGGGUGAAUGCAAGCGUCGGAACACCCCCUCAACCAGUCCAACUGCAAGUGGAUACAGGUGGCAGUGAUCACCAGAGUACUGACCAGGAUAAUUUCUUCCUAGAUGAUCCUACGCUGUCGUCCACGUCUAAAAUUCUCGAUAAAGGCGGGUUUACCAUUCAGUACGUCACGCCAGGCUCGGGUGUCAAAGGUGAUUACGUUGGUGACAACUUUGGCUUCGGGUCCGUUACUGUCCAGGGCCUUACUAUGGGUGUCGCCCGGCAAGCACAAUACGUUAUUAAGGGUAUCAUGGGGAUCGGAUUCGCUGCGGGCGAGUCGAUCGUCAGUCAGGGCCAAAGGCCUCAUAAGAACAUUAUUGAUAUGCUGGUCGAACAAGAAUUAAUUAACACCCGGGCGUACAGUCUCUGGUUAAACGAUAAACUAUCUAACGGCAACGAUGCAUGUGUUUUCGGUGUUGUACCAAUCACGGACGAUUCCCCCAUUCUCUUCGGUGACACCUUCCUGCGCUCAGCAUAUGUCGUAUAUGAUUUGGACCAGCAACAAAUUGCCAUUGCCCCUACGUGGUUCAAUAGUGAGGACACCAACAUCGUUGAGAUCAGCGGUAAGACAGGUUCUUCGUCACCUAACUGGAAGACAGCGGGAAGCAAUGCUGCAAAGGUCACCCAGACGGCGACUGGGUUGCAGGCACCCGGAGGUCUGUCGCCAGCGACGGCACCAACCGGAUGGGUUUUCUCUCAGACAGCCACUCCGUUUCAUCUGCCCGGGAAAGGUGGCUCAGUGACUGGCGAUCAGGCUUCGUCUUCUCCAUCCAAAGGGGCUGCAUCGUCUUCAGUCGGGAUUGCUGUUCCUGGGGCCUUGGCGAGUAUUACAGUCGCGUCAUUAUGUGUUGAAUGGAAAGACAUCCCAUUCGACUACUCGAAACAUCCAGACAUCUAA